AUGAAGCCAUACCUACCUUUAGACAUCAUCACAAAUAUCCUCUUGAGACUCUCUCCUCAAAGCAUUGCAACUUGCAAAUGCAUUUGUAAACCAUGGCUUAAUCUCAUUGAGAGCGAUGCUUUUGUCGAGUCCCAUCUUUCUAAAUCAGCUCCCGUCCUUGCUGUUUCCAUUACCAAGUGGGAUUCAAAUUGGUUUAGUGUUUUCGAAUUGGAAGACGAGCUCGACCCGUUCUCAAAUAGGUUCGAUGUUUGUGCCAAGCAUGGUCCAAUCACCAAGUUUGAUUUUCGUCGAGAAUCAACAAUACUAUGUGCUGCCAAAUGUCUGCUUCUUUUAAAAAAUGCAUUCAUGGAUGAUCAUCUCUACGUAUGUAAUCCCAUCACCCGUGAAUUUGUUGAGCUCUGUGGGCCUGUUAUUCGGAAGGGAGAUCGUUUUGGAUUUGGAGUGAGCAAAAUAAGUGGACAACAUAAAGUUGUCUAUCAUAGCCCUGAAUCUGGAUUUCAUGUGUACACUCUUAAAGCGGGAUCUUUGUGGAGAGCCGUCGAAGCUGGGCCCCUUUUUCUAACUACUGCGACUCCUCCAUUUGUGGUGCAUUUCUUAAUGGCAAUCUCCAUUGGUUAG